AAACCUCAUUUCCCUAUAAAUAACACCCAUUAAAUUUCACAAUUCAUCACAUUUUCUUACAAAUCCUUCUCUUAACUAAACAUCUUUUUUCUAUAUACCCUUCACAUUUGCUAUUAAAAAUCAUGGGCUCUGACAAGAUCAAGAUUGGAAUUAAUGGUUUUGGAAGAAUUGGUAGAUUGGUAGCCAGAAUUGCUCUACAAAGAGAUGAUGUUGAACUUGUUGCUAUUAAUGAUCCUUUCAUUUCCACCGAUUACAUGACAUAUAUGUUCAAGUAUGAUUCUGUACAUGGACAAUGGAAACACCAUGAAGUGAAAGUCCAAGAUUCAAACACCCUUCUUUUUGGUGAAAAGGCUGUCACUGUUUUUGCCUCUAGGAACCCAGAAGAGAUUCCAUGGGGUGAAACUGGAGCUGAUUACGUUGUUGAAUCAACUGGAGUUUUCACUGACAAAGACAAAGCUGCUGCCCAUUUGAAGGGAGGAGCAAAGAAAGUGAUAAUAUCUGCACCAAGCAAAGAUGCACCUAUGUUUGUUGUUGGUGUCAAUGAGAAGGAAUACAAGCCUGAAAUCGACAUUGUUUCAAAUGCUAGCUGCACUACCAACUGCCUUGCUCCCUUAGCCAAGGUUAUCAAUGACAGAUUUGGCAUUGUAGAAGGACUUAUGACUACUGUCCAUUCCAUCACUGCUACACAGAAAACUGUUGAUGGACCAUCUAGCAAAGACUGGAGGGGUGGAAGAGCUGCUUCCUUCAACAUCAUUCCUAGCAGCACUGGAGCUGCUAAGGCUGUAGGCAAGGUGCUUCCAUCAUUGAAUGGCAAGCUAACCGGAAUGUCAUUCCGUGUUCCAACUGUUGAUGUUUCGGUUGUUGAUCUUACUGUUAGACUCGAGAAGGAAGCUUCAUAUGAUGAAAUUAAAGCUGCUAUCAAGGAGGAAUCUGAGGGAAACCUCAAAGGUAUCUUAGGUUACACAGAAGAUGAUGUUGUGUCCACGGAUUUUCUAGGUGACAGUAGGUCAAGUAUCUUUGAUGCAAAGGCGGGUAUUGCUUUGAACAAGAACUUUGUUAAGUUGGUUUCUUGGUAUGACAAUGAAUGGGGAUACAGCUCCCGAGUUAUUGAUUUGAUCGUGUACAUGGCUUCUGUCCAAGCUUGAUCGCGGUACUGAUAACUUAGCUUCUGCAAAACAGACCGGAAAUCUUUUGUGUUCGUGUUGAUGUUGUUAGAGUUUUUGAGUGUAAUGCAGAAUAAAUUUGAGGAUUUUGUAUAUGUUUUGAUGGAAGUUUAUGAAGUUAAUUAGUUUGAUUAUGUGGAAAUUUUACUUUUGCUUGUUAGUCUUGUACUCUUGUUCAAUAUCUGUAAGUUUUAUAAAAGAUGAACUUAAUGCAUGUUUUUCACAAUAGUCUAACUAAA